UUUUCAUUUCUAGUUAAAUCGUCUAUAGUCUAGGACUCUAGAACAAACAAAAUCUUUACAAGGCAAUAUUACUGUCACGUUCGUUUUCAGAGUAGCUAUUUAUUAUAUUGAAAGUUAUAUUGACACAUGUUGCUGUAUACUUCAACGCGCUUUAUACUCGGAUUUCUUAUUUUUAUUGCGUUCAACUUUUCACCAUCUCAAGCUUGUUCGAUAUGGAUACCAAUUAAUCCUACAGAAUACUCACAAACAUACAUCACUAAAUCAGAUUCAAAUGCAAACACAAGUCGUCCUUUAGGAUACUUGGUUUCCACAGCUGUAUUUGGUGCGACAGACCUAUCAUGCGUCGUCGUAGGAGACACAGGAGGAAACGGAAAACAUAUUGAGAUUAAUUUAGAUAUUGGAGAUGGAACAAUUUGCAUUAAUGACCGUGGCGUUAAAAACUGUUUCUCCGACUCCGGAACAUUGUGCACGACAACUGUGGGUGACAGUAUGACGUUUAGUUUUGACUGCAAGUCUUGCGAAGGAAGUCAAGUAACCUUUUGGUAUAGAGUUUUUUUGGAAGAACUCGAAAAUGGAGAGACAAGUUAUGACGAGAAUUGGUGUCAAACAAGACAAUUGGAUUUGCCUAGAAGUCUAAAGCCUGCGAAAAUUCCUGUCAAUAUUCCCACACCUGUGGACUAUAACCCCGGAGGAAGUGCCAGUGCCAUAAAAAUUCACGUAAUUUUUAUUGUAAUUCCGGCUUCGGUGACAUAUAUGUUUGGGGCAAUACUUCAAAUUUGACUUUCUGAUAUCUUUUUAUAUUUCCAAUUAAAUCCAAAAAAAUGCAUUUAUUUUAGUAGCAUAGAAAAGAGAUUACGGUAAUUAUAACGUACUUUGCUUUGAUUUGCUUAUUAAUCACAAUAAUCCGAGGAAAGAUGUUGAGUGUAGGGCUUGAAAUGGCUAACCGAUUUCAGAUGGUCAAGUAAUGUAUCGAAAAAAAUGUUUUGGUAUUGUGAUAUUUAGCUAUGGAUUUACUACGUGAAUGAGAUGUUUUGGUGAUACGAUUUUUUGAAAUAAA